AUGAAACCCAAGAAUGGAUUUAAGUUUUGGGACUUUUGGGUAAAUGUUAAGGGAACUGUGUCAGAUAUUCAGUCAUAAAAUCUUGUCUACAUGUUUUAAGCCAAUCCAUUCUAUGGAUCAAUCUAAAAUUUCAGGGGAUGCUUCCUGGUAUGAAGGUCUACACUUGAUUGAUUGAUACUCUUCCAGCAUGGUUUUAUUUCAAAAUUAUGAGUGGUUUGAUAAAAUAUAUUUUGCUAAUUGGAAUUUGCUACUCUGGGAAGUUACUGUUUUUUCUUGUUAUAGCUUUAUUUCUAACAUUGACCUUUCUAAUGAUAUAUUCAAAUAGCAUCAAUUUUUCAUCAAUGUUUGCUUACUAAAACCACAAACAAAGCCUUAUGUGGUUGGCUGUUACUUAUAAUAGAUAAUGAUAGUUUUAGUUGAAACAUAACCAACCAUUCCCUAUUUGUUCAGCUUAGAUUGGUUUCUAUACUGCAAAUAUAUAAAUUAUUUAAAUUUCAUAUUCCUUUCAAUAAUUUCCAUGCCGUUAUAAUUGGCUCUCAAUUUUCACAAAAAUGAGAAUCAAAAAUAUUUUUCUCCUUUAUUUUGUAUGUCAUUCAAACACUGUUUUUCCUCUCUCUUCUCCCUUUUUUAUGUCACCACCAGAAGUGGUGAAAUGUUGUUCUAAAUGUUUGUGAUGAAAUAUUUCACAUUUCAUCAAUAGGUACAGUAUUCAUGAACUCUUAAUUAAAAUAUCAUGUAGUAAAAUCAAAAAUAGAAUGUUCAAGAGAUAUCAAUAAAAAAAUGAAGAUAACAUGUAUUCAAUACUUAAAUUUAUAUAUAGAUAUACCAAAAAAUUAGCCAAUCCAUUCACAUUUUAGAGGAAUGAUGUAGAAUUGGCGUAAACCUGACAGUUAUUUUAUGUGCUGGAAGAUAUGUAGGCGUCAUUCCAACAAUAGAAAAAAAAAAUUAAAACAUUCUAAAAACAUAAUAAAACCAAUCAUAAUUGAACGCGUAAUUUACAUGGAAACAGCAAGAAAAAUAUUUGAAAUAAAAAUGAUACUUUUCUUCAUUUUUAUUUUUAUUUGUCAUAUAAAUCUUGUGUCCGCUUUUGAUGAAACGAUAGGAGUUGAAAGAGUUAGUAGAAUGGCAGGAUGUGACACAAAGGAGGGGUGUAACACCGUAGAUUUGGGACAUGCUAUUAACAGCUUUGGACUGGAUCUCUACAAACUCCUCCCUACAAAUAAAGAUGGGAAUAUUUUCUUUAGUCCAUUUAGUAUCUCAACAGCACUAGCAAUGACGUACCUCGGCACAGCAGGGAAAACUGCACAAGAAAUGGAGGACACUCUGAAAUUUGAUCGAUGUCCCAAUUAUCAUGAGCUAUUCAAGAAUCUGUUGAAUGAUAUUAACAGGAAAAACCAACCAUAUACUCUUAAGUCUGCCAACAACCUUUUCCCUAAUAUGAGACUGGAUGAUUCAUACCUAAAGGAGGUUGCAAAUUACUAUCUAGCUCAGAUAACACAGCUUGAUUUUUCUAAUGCAGCGUAUGUCACAAAAUAUAUUAAUGAGUGGGUUUCAAACAAUACUGAAGAAAAAAUCAAAGAUAUAAUAGACCCUGGAAUUAUUGGACCUCUUACAAGACUCGUUCUUGUCAAUGCCAUAUAUUUUAAGGGAGAUUGGAAGUAUACAUUCGAUAAAAGGGACACAAAACCUAUGCCAUUUUACCCUGCAGAUGCAAAACGCUAUAAGGUGGACAUGAUGUUCCAAACAUUAAAUAAGACCCAAGAUUUCAUAUACUUUGAGGAUCAUACCUUGAAUGCUCAAAUAUUGGAACUGUUCUACAAGGGAGAAGACAUCAGCAUGGUUAUUAUCUUGCCCAUAAUACGAAGAGGACUAAAAACAAAUAUCACGGAUCUGGAAGCAGCGUUAAACAUCACGACCCUCAAUAAUAUCCAAUCAACCCUGGCCAACUAUGACUUCAGCAAACCGCGACGGGAAGUGAAUGUUAGAAUCCCAAAGUUUUUGAUAGAUUGGAAAUCUGAUAUUGAAGCACUUCUAAAACAACUAGGAAUGCAGGAUUUAUUUUCAUCUGGAAAUUUCAGUAAACUUUGUGGCUGUAGCUUGCCAGUUACUGAUGUUAUCCAUCAAGCAUUUGUUGAAGUUAAUGAAGAAGGGACAGAAGCAGCUGCUGCAACUGUAGUUUUUAUUGCUAAAUCAAUAGGAUCAGGACCUGUGGAUUUUAGAGCUGACCAUCCCUUCUUGUUCCUCAUCCGACAUAGAUGCUCCAAUAUUAUCUUGUUCAUGGGAUGUGUCUCAAAACCAAACAAAGCUGAGAAGAGAAUAUCAUGUCUUACUGAAAAACCAUGUUUGAAACUCUACAAUGGUGAACCAGCACCGAAGUGUUGUGGUUGUAGGUUUCAGUUCAAGGACCCAUCUGAAAAGAAAUCAAAGCCUCAAUCACCAAUGAGGGUUCUAAAAAAACUUAAGAAGCAGGGCAGAGAUGAUUGCUUUGAGAAAUGUCUGAAUGACGAUUGUAGGAAAAAAUUUGGAUUCAAAUGAGCACCUCUUCAAAAGGAAGACAUAAUACAGUAUAUGCAGUAUAUAAUAUGCAGUGAUCUCCCCAGCAUUAAAGCAAGUGGGCGUAGCACCCACCUAAAAUUUUGAAAAGAGGCUUCCACCCACUUGAAAAAAUCAUGAAACAAUUUUGGUCUAAAUUGUGAAAAUGGGA